AUGGCAAAGAGACAGGGCAAGAGAGCAAAGAGAGUGGGAGAGAGAGACAAUACAGAGAGGAGAAAUAGAGAGCGUGAAAGACAGAGAGACUGGAAUAAAGAGAGAGAAAAAGCCAGUAACAGAGACAGCGAGAGCAGAGAAAAAGAGAGACAGCGAGAGCAGAGAAAAAGAGAGACAGCGAGAGCAGAGAAAAAGAGAGACAGCGAGAGGAGAGAAAAAGAGAGACAGCGAGAGCAGAGAAAAAGAGAGACAGCGAGAGCAGAGAAAAAGAGAGACAGCGAGAGCAGAGAAAAAGAGAGACAGCGAGAGGAGAGAAAAGAGAGACAGCGAGAGGAGAGAAGAGACAACGAGAGGAGAGAAAAGAGAGACAGCGAGAGGAGAGAAAAAGAGAGUCAACGAGAGGAGAGAAAAAGAGAGACAGCGAGACGAGAGAAAAAGAGAGACAGAUCAUUCACUUUCAUGACAGGAAAUUGUGAGGACAACAAACCAGUCGAUGAAUUCAAUCAGCGUAUAAUCCUACAUCGGGGGGGAGACGAUGUCAUAAAUAGAGAAGGAAUGUACCAAGGUAAUGUCUAUGAGGGUGCUGGUCACAUCUGGGUGCUGCGGCCUGAGGGGGCCCGGAUGGUCACUCUGUCCUAA